AUGAAUAAGGGCUACAAGGUGACUAUUCAAAGUCGCAAUGACAAAGGAAUCAGCACUGAAGCACCCACUGAAGCCUAUGGAUUCUCGGGAGAAAGUGUACCAACUGUUCUACCGGCAGCUCCAAGCCUGGUCAGUCCGACAGCGAACGGAGGAGUGCUUACUUGGAAUGUGCUAACUGAGGCAGACACAGCCAACGUGAACGGUUUUUUCCGUGGCUACAGACUGGAAUGGUGCAAUGCAGAUGUCUCCGCAGAGGUCUGCGAGAAGCAUAAGCGUUUUCAGGUAGGCUAG